GCCCAGGGGGGUCUAGACAAACGGAAGGAAAGGGGAAAGUCAAUCCUCUCAGCCGCCAGAGAUGAGAUGAUCGACAAGAUGUCUAUCAAAAUCUAAAACAUGGCUAUAUAUGGAGAAGUUGGGUGGGUUAGGAAUCAGAUCAUUAAGUGGUCAGUGCUUGGACGGUGUGAGAGUUCGUGAAGAGCGAAAAGGGCAAGAAUCUUAUUGUUCUUGAGGGCUACCUGCUCAUACAGAACAAUAUCAGCAAGGACAGACGAAGAACAUAUUGGGAGUGCCUCUAUAGAAGAUACAAAGGAAACUGCAAUUUCAGAGCUACAACUGAAGGAAAGCAGGUUGUCAGCAGGCAAGGGCAACAUCAUCAUGCUCCAGAACCUGGAAAAUUACAAGUCUGCAAGGCGAUCACAAACAUCAUGAAUGAUGCAAAGACCAUGCAACAGAAGACAGUAUGCUUUCAUAUUACUUAUCAGGAUCUGUUUAUUGGAGGGAUUGCGUAUGAAACUUUAACUGAUUUCGAGAAGGCUGCUCAGAAUGCCCUGGUUUCCAGCGUAUGGAGAAAGAUUCAAGAUUCUUGUCUGAAGCCACGUUAUGAAAAUGAUCCUGAAUUUCGCCUGCAAAUGAAGUCCCUUCCUGCACUCAGCUUUGUGCCACCAGCAAAGGUGGAAGAUGCAUUCAACGACCUUGUAGCCACCAUGCCAAACACAGCACUGCCUGUACUGAGCUACUUUGAAGAUAAUUAUAUCAGACGGGUGAUGAGAGGUAGCCAUCAGAUACCACCUCUGUUCGAACCAGGUCUCUGGAACAACUACAAUCGUGUCCUGCAGGACCUUCCACGUACAACAAAUGCCGUGGAAGGCUUCCAUUCCAGUUUCCUAAAAAACUGUGACGGACUACACCUGAAUUUCUUCACCUAUCUUAGGAGACUACAGCAAGAGAACAAUAAGCACGAAGUGAGCAUCAUCCAGCGAAUCGCUGGUGCUCCCCCUCCUCCAAGGAAGAAGUACCUGGAC